AUGCAAUUCUCAAAAGUUUUAGGUGCUUCAGCUAUCGCUGCCGUUGCUUCAGCUCAAUACGCUAACGUUACUUCAACUGCUGAAGUUUACUCAAACCAAACAACUGUCAUCACUGUUACUUCAUGUGAAGAAAACAAAUGUACUGAAGUUCCAGUCACCACCGGUGUUACCGUUGUUACUUCAACUGUUGACAAUGUUGUUACUGAAUACACCACUUACUGUCCAUUAUCAACUUCAGAAGCUCCAGCUCCAUCAUCCCAAGCUCCAAAAACCACCUCAGCUGCUCCAAAAGAUACCACCUCAACUGCUAACGUUGAUGUUACCUCAACUGUCGGUAACGCUACUACCCCAGGUGUUUCUACUCAAGAAGCUAACGGUGCUGCUAAAGCUGUUCCAGCUGUUGCUGCUAUCGCUGCUGGUGUUGCUUUAUUAUUCUAA